AUGGGGCUCCUUUGUGCUUUGGCUGUGAAUUUGGUUGGAGCGGCUGCUAUUUAUGGGACAGCUGGAUUUGCUACCCCUCUCAUAGCACCUUUGCUGGGAUUUAGCAGCACAGGAAUUGUGGCUGGGUCUAGUGCAGCAGUGGCCCAGGCCUACUAUGGCAAUCUUGUUGCUGGCAGCAUUAUAUCUAAACUGACUGCCGCAGCUAUGCUUGCUCCAACACCUUAG